CCGUCACCAAGGUCACGGCCCAGCCUAGAGGAGUUAGAAUUGCCUAGAAUGAGUGGACCUGGCAAUAUGACUAUGGCGGGAGAAAUGAUCUUCUUGAUCACCAUAAUGAUGUCAGCUAUGCUAUCGGAAUACUUCACCAACGGGUUCCUCGUUAUCAUGCCCCAACUCCAUGUCGCACUUGAUUUCCCUGAAUCAACCCACGCCUGGACCCUCAAUGCAUUCACUCUCACGGUUGCGUGCUUCAUCCUCCCAAUGGGCCAUCUGAUUGAUGCUAUCGGUGAAUACGCAAUGUUCCAUUUGGGAAUCGCCUGGUUCUAUGUCACGAACCUAAUCACUGGUUUCUCUGUCAACUACACCAUGUUCCUCGUAUUACGAGCAAUCUCCGCACUCGGACCGGCUGCAUUUCUUCCUGCCGGACUCUCUCUCCUUGGAAAAGCGUACCGACCGGCGGAAAGAAAGACUUGGGCAUACGUCUUUUACGGUGCUUCUUUUGGGCUUGGAUACCUCCUAGGCUCUGCAGUCGGAGGUAUGCUGGUUGAAACCAUGGGUUGGUCGUGGUUUUUCUUCAUCGGGGCACUUAUAAGCACACCCUUGGCCUUGAUAUCAUUCUGGUACAUUAUAUGGCCGUGGGAGAGAGUGAGCACAGUCCGCGGGCAAGAUUGGCUUGGGCUGUUGCUCCUUGCAUCCAGUUUGGGUCUUUCCACCUUCGCGAUCCUCCUCAGUCCGCAUACGGCAGCUAAAUGGGCAUCGCCACUGGUAUAUUCGACUUUCAUUGCCGGAGUUGCACUUCUUGCUGCUUUCGCAUACGUCGAGUGGAAGGUAGCAGCAGAACCGCUCAUUCCGUUCGACAUCCUCAAAGUCACCCAUAUGAGACCAUUGGCACUGGCACUACUUUGUGGAUUUGCAUCGUAUGGGGUCUUGAUGUUCCAUCUCUUCCAGCACAUCUAUUGGGUUUACGCACACAGAAACGCAACCAUAGCAGCACUGUGGUUCAUGCCAAGGGCAAUCGCUGGAAUGCUUAUUCCUGUCGGUGGCUGGCUGCUCAUUCGUCGAUUCGACGGCAAAUAUCUCCUCGUAGUCUCGAGCCUUGCAAAUAUUAUUGCGUUCUUGUCAUUUCUCUACAUAAAAGAUGUACCAAGUUAUUGGGUUGUCAUAUUCCUGCCCAUGAUUUGUAUCGCUCUCGGGUUCGACUUGCUGUACGCGGUUUCGACCGUCUUCAUCAUGACAAAUUUCCCAAGACGCAAGCAAGGACUCGCUGCGGCCCUGAUCCACACAAUGUACUUCCUCGGAAUGAGCUUGCUCAUCGCCUUUGGCCACAUGGCCUCGGAGGCCACUUCCAGAGUUGAAUCUCAAAGGUUCCGGCAUGGCACGUGGUUCGGGGUGGCAAGCAGCGUUAUUGAACUAGUCAUUGCCAUGAGUAUGGUCACUGUCCCCAAAGCUGUCGGUGCCUGGACUUUCGAGGAAAAGGAGGAUCAGGCUCCGGAGCAUGGGGAACAUGAAGAGUUGCGUCCACCCAGCCGGGCAACUCUGGAGAGCGUGGAGAUGGCAGGAGCGUUACCAGUGGGUAACCCGGAUGGAACCCCAACCGCACGGGACUCUCGGAGCAGCCCGACCGAUCGGGAGUUUAGGAGCAACCCAUCAACGCUUCUUGAUGUACCGAGACAGCCUCCAACGGUGGGUACGGAAGCGGAAGUGGCAGCAGUAGUGGCUGCUAGGCGGACAAGGCGGGUAUAGAUCAUGGGGCCCUUUUAUGACACGCAACAGGGCGAGUUGGUGUGAUCAGUAUGCUGCUCGGAACACAAAACGCAGGCUAUCACAUUCGGCGAGAGGCUCUGGAAUGGCGGAUUAAUUCAAGUAGCACAGCAUAAUGAAUAUGACAAGUUCACUUAGGUCCUACCUGAACGUGGUCAAA